UAUUUCUUACAAAAAGACUACUAAUCACAUGACCAGAACAUAUACAUACUGUUAAACAUCUGACUUUAUUACAAAAACAAUCAAUAUAAAAAAGACAAACUAAUAUAAAAUAAAAAACAAUAAAAGAAAGACCCAAACCAAACAUACAAAUCUAACGCAAAGCUCGUUAAUGAUUAAACAAGACCAAAAUAUCUCUAAUAUAAAUAUUAUCCAUUAGUUCACCACUCCUUCACUCUGCGACACACAACACAAGCAACGACGAUGGAGCUAGUUACAAACAUGACCAGCUGGUUAACUCCGACCACUCUCUUCCUCCUCCUCAAUUUCACUAUCGGCACCAUCUUCAUCGCCAAUCGUUUCAGUUCCGGUUCAAGAAAACACAACCCGCACCAAGAAGCUUCCGGGACGGGUCAUCAUGACCAAACUCCGGCACGGUUCGGUAGACCUCCUUCGUUCAUAGACAGAGUGAAGUCCAUCAACUUCAAUCUCUACAAUUCUCCUCCACCAGAAUCCGAGAUCCACUUCUCCGGGUCGGAUCAUAACCCGAAUCCACCUCCUUCUAUCCUGCAACGGGUCAAAUCCAUCAAAAUGCCUUCCUUCAAGUUCCCACAACACAAUUCCGAAGGAGACUACGCUGCUUACGAGCUCAUGACCCGAACCGAAGAUCUUGACCGGGUCGACGACAAGAUCCCGGAGAAUGACGUCACGACCGAACCUAGACUCGGAGCUCCAUCACUCUUGCAGCGGGUAAAAUCCAUAAAGCUUCCUUCUUUAUACAGAUCCGAGCCAGAUCCGACCCCGGAAGAGCCAAAGCCCACGAGGACGAAGUCGGAGUCGAGUAAACCGGUGACGAAGAAGAAGAAGAAAGCUACGGCGAAGAAGAUGACGAAAUCGGCUAGCGAGAGAUACACCGGACGGGAAGAAGAGACGGUUGAGGCCGUUGAGAAGAGAAGACCGGAGACAAUGAGAGCUGAGAGAACGACGCCGAUCGUCGAGGGAGGAGAAGAAGAAGGCGUCGACGACAAAGCUUCAAACUUCAUCAACAAGUUUAAGCAGCAGCUUAAGCUACAGAGGCUGGAUUCGUUUCUAAGGUACAGAGAGAUGCUCAAGAACGAGUGAAGCUCAAAAUGACGUUUUUGUCCUUGGUCGGAAUCUUGAGUUUCCAUGGUUUUAGAACUUGGUGGUAAAUACGCAUGAAUCUGAAGGGCUUUUAGGUCAUAUCGAUACACAUCGUCUAGUUUUUGUUCCUUAUUAGAUUUGGUGAUGACUGGGAUACAUGACAAAAACUAGUUUGUGUCGUGUGCGUAAUUGCUGGAUCUGGACAUCUGAGUUCCCACUGAGCAUUUGUCGUUUUUUACUCGAUGGUAAAAGUAGUUCCACGCUGUUCCUUUUAUUUUUACGUUGGAAAAUUAUUCUAAUAAUAUUAUUAUUUCUUUUUAUGCA